AGAGCCGAAGAUGUCGGCUUGGUCAUAUGAUCAGCUGUGUCCAAUCACAGCCAAUCACAUCCACAGCAGUGCCCACUGUCAGUGUCCAUCAGUGCCAGAUCUCAGUGCUCAUUCAUGCCACCUGCCAGUGCCCAUCAGUGCCACAUUUUUCAGUGCCCAUCAAUGCCACAUAUCAGUGCCCAUCUGGGCUGCCUUUCAGUGUCACCCAUCAGUGCCAGUGAGUGCCACCUAUCAGUGCUGCCAAUCCGUGCCACCUAUCAGUGCCAGUCAGUGCCGCCUAUCAGUGUGCAUCAGUGCCGCCUAUCAGUGCCCAUCAGUGCUGCCUAUCAGUGCCACCUAACAGUUCCAGUCAGUGCCACCUAUCAGUGCCAGUCAGUGCCACCUAUCAGUGCUGCCUAUCAGUG